AUGCCACCAAAAGAGAAGCGAGCAGCCACAUCAGUCCGCUCAUAUUCAACGAAUCCCGCUGAAGGGAAGAAGACCGUAGCAAUCCCAAGGCCCAGCGCAAGCGUCCUCGUCAUAUCGCCUCAAAACCAGGUUCUCCUCCUACAAAGAGUAAAACAAUCCUCAUCCUUCCCCUCGGCCCACGUAUUCCCCGGCGGCAACGUCUCCGAAUUCCACGACGGCCGAGCUCCCGAACCCAAUGCCGCAGGCCGGCACGAAGACAGCCCCGUCUACCGCAUGGCCGCCAUCCGGGAAACCUUCGAAGAAUCCGGAAUCCUUCUAGCACGCAACAACGGUUUCGGCCGUCUGAUCGAAAUCCCAGAAUCCGAACGCGAAGCGGGCAGAAAACUCGUGCAUUCCAGCGAAAUCCCGUUUCCGAAAUUCCUGGCGCAGAAAGGGGGGAGGGCGGAUCUUGAGGGUUUGAUCCCUUUUACGAGAUGGGUGACUCCGACGAAUGUUCCGAAGAGGUUUACGACGCAGAUGUAUUUGUAUUUUCUCCCGACGCUCUCUUCCUCGACGCCGAUUUCCGCGGACAGUGAGGCGGAAGUGAGGGUUCCUUCUCCUACGACUGAUGGGGGCAAGGAACAUACUACUGCGCGCUUCUUGCCUGCGAGCGCUUGGUGUCGAUUGGCGCAGGAAGGACGGAUCAUCCUCUUCCCUCCGCAAUUCUUUUUGCUUCAUCACGUCGCGCAGCAUUUCGAUGAUCUGAAGGCUCCGACGGAUUAUGCUUCUAUCUCGAGGGAACUUGUACCUAGAGAGGAAUUGGAAGUGAGAAGGAGGCGGUUGCUGCAGUUCGUCAAGUCUGGGAACCCGCCUUGGACGCAUAUGUGUAUUUCGCCGCAGACUAUGCCGCCGCCGAAGAAGAGGGAGGAUGGGAAGCAGGUUCUUGCUUUGCAUAAACCUGGUCCGGAGUUGGAAGGGACUGGUAGAGCGGGAUGUAGGGAACUUUGUGUGCUUGUGGAUUUCAAGAGGGAAGGACCGCGGAGAUUGGAAGUUGUGUCGAGGGAUGAGGCUUUGGGGAGAGAGGUGAAGUUGUAG